AUGAGCGCCGCUUCGCCGAAGAGGAAACGAGGGCAUACUUUGCCGCUUGACACGAAGAGCCUGACAUCUCGAUUGCUUGGAGACAGCGAUCUAGAGGAGCAUGUCGAGAGUCCGAGAACAAAAUUCGCUAGACAAUUUGAGGACUUGGAAAUUCAUGGCAAACUCGAGAAGCGAAGUCAAGACGCUACGAACAACUCGGCUUACGGAACCGACGCCAUAACGGAACAACCAAAUGAGGGACCUAUGAAGCUGGGGCCUGUUGCAUCGCACCAAAGUGGGCAACGGCCACAGAGUCUAUCAAUGCUCGCUUCCGAAUGUGAGCCCUCACCACCGAUAUCGCCAGGAAUCCAUUCUCGCUCCAAGUCCCCUCCACUCACCGGCGGGCUAUCUGACGAGUUUUGGCAUGACUCCGAGAUAACUGGUCAUGAUCCCGACGAUCCCGACGACGAUGGCUAUGGCAUCAAUGGGAUUGGCUUCAGACCUACAGCGGCCAUUGCCUGGACGAGGUCACAGCAACGGAAACGGCAACUCACCGAAUGCAAAAAUCGAGAGGCUCGAGAAGCAAGGCAGCAAAGGAGUGAGAGGAGAAAGCGUCUUUUCGACGACGGCGAGGGAGCACCACCCAUGGAGUCUUCCCCUCGGAAGGUCGUUCGCGUCCAUUUCGAAGAUGGUUAA